AUGGACGACAGUUCGACGAGCAAGGGAAAACGCAGAUACUAUAUACAAGAGUGUGACAUUUACACUUAUUGUAUCUUUUCUCACAAAGUUGCACGUUAUCGCACAAAGAGGGCAGCCAUCAUUCUGACCGUGCUCGUUUGGAUGCUGAGCUUGUUUGUGUCUCUGCCAGAUUUUAUCUUCAUACAGGAAACAAAAGAGUCCCAGAAGUUUGGAUGUGACUAUCCCGAGGAGAGAAAAAUCUGGGAGCGUUACAACCUGUUCACCACAAAUGUGCUGGGUCUUGUGAUUCCCGUGCUGGUGGUAGGUUGCUACUCCAGGAUCAUCCCCAGGCUGGUAAACAUGAGGACCGCAAAGAAGCACCGCAUCGUCAAGCUGAUCAUCUGUAUAGUGGUUGUAUUUUUCUUGCUCUGGGCUCCAUAUAACAUUUCCCUUUUCCUGGAGUUUCUUCAGGAAAGAGAAAUAAUCCUCAAUGAUGAAACCUGGUACAAAAAUAUAAACCUGUCAAUAACAGUGACGGAGGCAUUAGCUUACACUCACUGCUGUCUGAACCCCAUCAUAUAUGCUUUUGUGGGAGAGAAGUUUAUGAGACGAGCCUUGCAGCUGCUGAAAAAGUUGAUGCCUGGUUACAGCAGAGAUCUGACAGACAGCUCAUUCAGGAGGAGCUCAGUUAUGUCCAGGGGCUCUGAAAUCACCUCCUCCUUUAAACUGUAG